GUGUAUAGCAUUAUGGGAACCCUGUGUGUAAUAUUCAAAACAAAAUGGCGGCCGUGUGUGCCCGAAGGUUGCUGUUCACAAAUACGAGAUCUCUACCGCUAGUUUACAGAAGGUUUUCUAACAUUGAAAAAGAAUCUCCCCAAACCACCGUCAAAUUUGUGACGGAUAAUGAUGAAGGAGGAAAGGAGAUACCGCCAUACGUCACUAAGUACAGCACCCAAGGGUUCCGGGUGAAAAACGUGAAAGUGUUUGGCUCGGUGGCAAUUAUUCCAGACAACUUCUUUCACUGGAAAGUGCAGAGACCAGAGGAGAUCUCCCCUGAGAGCCUUUCUCUCUUCACCCUCACAGAUCCCCCCACAGAAAUUGUUGUAGUUGGAACAGGGGAAAAGAUUGUAAGGCUUUCUCCCAAGGUCUAUAAAUACAUGAAGGAGAACAGAAUACUCCUUGAAGUACAAGAUACAAAAAAUGCAGCAGCAACAUUCAACUUCAUGCUCGAGGAGGGGCGACUGGUCGGCGCUGCACUUAUACCCCCCCUUACAAUCAAGGAUUAAAUCAAACCAGGGUGUGCCGAUGGGAGAGUCAUGGGACCACACAGUCUCAUGUUUGCAUCAGUAGACGCCAAGCCAGGGAGAGUAGGGAUGUUGUCUUUAUUUGCAGAGAGAAGAAAGAACUGCUUAGACGUUGUCUUUAUUUGCAGAGAGAAGGAAGAACUGCUUAGACAAAGACCAUAUACAAAAAAUAUGUAAAAUCUGAGUAUUUUUUUUAAAAGAGGAAGUCUGUAUAUGGCCGACAGGUGGGGGUCACCUUAUAAGUGUUGAUUUUUGUGCUUAUCUGCUCACUGAGGUAAGCCAAGAUGCUGAUUGGUCAGCUAUAAAUAGGGAAAACCCCCAAAAUCAACCAGUUCUCAAGAGGGAGCCCUAAUGUUGUUUGUUUAUUUGUUGUUGUUUAAGAUCUUUGUUUAUUUGUUGUUGUUUAAGAUCUUUGUUUAUUUGUUGUUGUUUGAGAUCUUUGUUUAUUUGUUGUUGUUUAAGAUCUUUGUUUAUUUGUUGUUGUUUAAGAUCUUUGUGUAUUUGUUGUUGUUUAAGAUCUUUGUUUAUUGUUGUUUAAGAUCUUUGUUUAUUUGUUGUUGUUUAAGAUCGGGUAAGCUUGAGCCCUAGGGGGGGAUGGCUAUGAAAAAGGUCGUUUUUCUUUUAUUCGAUUUUAAAUCUAUAAAAUAAUUCGAGUUAAAAUCCAAACCUUUGUUUGGAAACAGACGAUAACCCUCCCCCUCCCCCCCCCCCCGUAAGUGUACAAUUUUAACAAGGUAACAGAAGGCAGAGAAGAGAGGAAAAACCUUGACAACGUUAAAAAAAGUUUAAAGAAAAACAAAACAGAAAAUAUAAACCACAAACUGUAAAAAGAGAAUACAUUUCUUUAUCAUUCGA